ACAUGCCGCCGCAGUGUCGUGCCGACGUUCGCACGAGCAACUGCAACCAUGAUGGCUACUCGUUGGGAUGUCGUCGGACGCCGGCGCCAGUAGAUUUGUCGCACUCGCGUCCGGGUAAAUUUUUUCGUUCACCUCCCCAGAGUGCCCCGUCGGUCAGAAAACAAAAAACAUUUUGGCGACAAUUUGCCACCGCGUAGACUUAUAACAGGUGCAUUAAUUUUUUUGCUCGUGACGAUAUCAUAAUUAAAUAUUAUACUAUAUUAUAGUUUACGCGCGCCUUACGAUCGCGACUAAACCGUCUGACUUCAGUCCGUCCGCCGACCAUUCUACCGGUGUCGCCGUGAAAACUGUAGCAAUAAUAUUAUACACAUAGUUCGGAAUACCACGUGACUAUAAUAAUAUUAAUUAUCAUAUUUAAAAAUUAUUUUUACCACAUCGUCGACUGCCGUGGUUUUUUAGCAGUACCAUAUAACUGUGUGGUAAUAUAUUAAUAAAUAUAUAAUAUUAAAAUAGUACAUAUUAUAAUAUACGACGACGACGUGACGACAAUAUCGUACAACAAUGACAGUUACUUAUACAGCAGAGGUGGCCACGUGCAGGGGUUUCGGAUGUUUUCUCAAACUACUAUUGAGGUGGCGAGGGAGUAUAUACAAGUUAGUGUGGCCCGAUUUGGCUGCAUUCCUUGUUUGUUAUUAUACUCUGAAUUUGACGUAUCGCUUCGUAUUGAAUCCACAGCAAAAACGAAUAUUUGAAAGCAUAGCCGAUUAUUGCGAAACAUACAGCGACUUGAUACCAUUGUCAUUUGUGCUGGGAUUUUAUAUAUCAAUAAUAAUGCAACGGUGGUGGGACCAAUACUGUUCGAUUCCAUGGCCUGAUCCUAUAGCAGUUUACGUGAGUUCGCAUAUUCACGGACAGGACGAAAGAGGAAGAUUGAUGAGACGAACGAUCAUGCGGUAUGUCUGUUUGGGUCUGACUAUGGUAUUCUCUAAUAUCAGCCCUAGAGUAAAAAAGCGUUUUCCCACACUGGAUCAUUUUGUUGAAGCGGGUUUAUUGUUGGAAAACGAAAAAACGAUCGUGUUGGAUUUAAAUGACAAAUUUCCCAGACACUCUAAACACUGGUUGCCAGUCGUGUGGGCGGCGAGCAUAGUGACCCGAGCGAGGAAAGAAGGACGGAUACGCGACGAUUUCGCUGUAAAAACAAUUAUUGACGAAUUGAACAAAUUUCGGGGUCAGUGUGGUUUGUUACUCAAUUACGAUUCAAUAAGCGUGCCACUCGUUUAUACUCAGGUUGUAACAUUGGCAGUGUAUUCAUUUUUCAUUACAACUGUAAUGGGACGACAAUGGCUGGAUAAACCAGUAAUGCCAUUGGCAAAUCUUAAACACCAAACGGAAUCGAAUCCGGGAAGUUAUAACUAUAUCGAUCUGUAUUUUCCGGUAUUUACUACUUUACAGUUUUUCUUUUACAUGGGAUGGCUGAAAGUGGCCGAAUCGUUGAUAAAUCCUUUUGGAGAGGACGAUGAUGAUUUUGAAGUCAAUUGGAUCAUUGAUCGGAAUGUCCAAGUUUCGUAUCUAAUAGUAGACGAAAUGCAUCACGAACAUCCAGAGUUGAUCAGAGAUCAAUACUGGGAUCAAGUGUUUCCGACAGAAUUGCCAUAUACUGUAGCUGCCGGAGAACGGGAACGACAUCCCGAGCCAUCGACAGCUAACAUAGCUGUCUCAGAUGCAGACGCCGAAUACUCACUGCCACCCAAAGGUUGCGACGACGGACAAGCCCUAGAUGACGACGACGCUAACAGCGGCAUACACUUCGUUGCGACAGCGGGCAGCUACAAGAGAUCAAACAGUCUGUUGCGCGGUCGUCCCAUAUCGUCGCACAGCUCCAACGAUCACCACCACCAUCUCAACAACCAGAGCGUGGCUAGCUCGCUAAACCGCGUCGGUUCGGUCACGUCCAUAUUGAAAAAUCUGUUCAAACGCACCGGUGGUACAUCCGCCCAGUUAGCUGGCGACGGACUGUUAUCAAGGGUAUCGAGCAGCAAUAGAUUGCCAGGCAGUAGCUGGCAGAGCCAAGAAAGUUUACAGAGUAGCAGUAGUAAAUUACUACAACAACAGUUUGGUAGUGUUCGAAUCGCCGAUCAGGUGAUUGAGGAAUUAGAUGAACAAAUGACAAUUACAGCAGGGGGGCGCCUAGAGAGGCGCAGUGAAAAACCAAACGUGCGCACAGUAUUCCCACCUCAACCGCCAUUGCCGAACGACUCUGCAUCAUCAAAUUUAUCAAACAUCACAUACACGGAAGUAUUAUCAACUAACGACGAUUUUGGCUAUCAGGAUGGAAAACAGGAAGAUACAUUGAUGCGCAGUGAUAGUGAUAGUAGCAACCACCAUACACCUAGUACAUCUAGUUUAUUGUUUGUUGUCGAACCAGUGGUGAGCCAACCCCAUACUAUAAACAAUGAAGUGCCUAACAGUAGGACUUCUUCAGUUACUCAUGAUUAUGAAACAUCUAGACGGACACCUGACCAUCAUGACUAGUAUUUUAUUGAUUAUUUUAUUUUUAUUUAGAAAAUAUACACACAUAUUAUAACAAUAAACAAGUCAUUUCAAAAUAUUUAAGUGAAGUAUAUUUAAGAAAUGUGAUUAAAAUGUACAAUAUAAUAUUACAAGCUAUUAAAUAUUAUUUUUUUACUUCUCUUGAACUAGAUUGCUUUAAAUAUUAUAUUUUUUAAUUUGCUUAAUGUUGAAUGUUUUUUCAGUUCUCACGGUGUAAAAACUGAAAAAAUGUGAUUUUUCUAAAAGUUUUAAUUUUACUUGUAUCAAAUACAAAAAUUAAUUCAGGUACCAUAAACUUAUAAAAUACAAAAAGUUAAAUUAUAACAAAAAUCUUUUGGAAUUUAUUUUAAAAUCUAUACUUUAACAGUAAAAUGUUUGACUCUGAUUGUACAUACAUAUUUUUAUUUUUCUGACUUACAACAGUAGGUAAAAAAAAAUCACAUUAUGAAAGCUAUGAUUAAGACUCAAACAUAAAGAUGUUACAAAUUUGUCUUACAAAUAAUUAUAAGUUGGAACAAAAUUAAAUAUGAACUUACAAAUUUAACAUCUAAAUAUCUAAUAUUAGCUUACAGACACUACACAAUAAAUUAAUAAUUGAAUUGGAAAUUAUGAAUUACUUUUUAUGUAUUAUUUUUAUUGCAGGCAUCCAAAAAUGUAUUUAAGUAACUACAAUUACACAGAUAAAGGUACUACUGAUAAAGAUACCAAUUUCAAAAAUAUAAACGGUAUUUUAAAUCGCUAUCGUGAAUAUAAUAGUAUCUAUUUAGGAUAUAAUGAACAAAAAUAAACAUGAGUCUAUACUAUACAGUAUAAUAACUUAAUAACCUAACCUAAGCUUUAUUAAAACUAUGACAAAGAUUCAAGCAUAUUCAUGCAUCUGAACUUGUCUUAAAAACUAAUAUGAUCAUUGCUACUUUUCAUUAUGAAUACCAUUGAAUUCAUUUGAUGCUUUUAUAUUAAAUAUGUACACCUACUAAGAUUUCUUAAAACUAUGACAAAUUUCAGGCACAUUUGAGCCUCUGAACUUGUCUUAAAACUAAUAGCAGUGAGUCUCACGUGUCUAUACUAUGCAGUAUACUAAACUAACCUACACAUUAAGAAAAUAAUAAAUACAAAUUAAGGACUAUGAAUAAUAAUUAAUAUUUUUUGAUUUUUUUUUUUUUCCAUAUAACAAAUUUAAUCUUAGAAUUCACUCCUGUAAGCAAAUGUAGUUUGAUUUUACCUCUUA